GCCAGCCCUAGCGCAGGGGCGUCCAAAACGUGUCCAAAACAUCAAAACAAUCAAAAAUAAAAUUGUUAUUGUCAACAGCUGAUUUAUCAUCGUCGAUGAGCUUGAAUGAAAACGAGCUGAAGAAUAUUUAUCCCUUAUUAUUUAUGAAACAACGAAAAGCAGGUAGCGUGUGUUCCUCGAAUCAUGCUGCACGAAAUACUCUUGUCUCUGUGGGGUUGUUCUACGAGUCUAGAGCGUAUAGUUGAAAACGAGUCGACAGAUUUUGAUAAAUAUUUGCACCCUGGUGAAAAGAUACUUGUGAAAAAGAUUCUCCAAAUUGUAAGCGAGUUCAACAAUAUUGCUACUUUCAUUAAAAAGUACACCUGUUUGAGCAAGGAUGAUGGGAACGAUGAUUCCAAGGCGAGUACUCGCGAGAGUGAAUCUCUUGCUCGUACUGGAUUAUAUCUGAGAGCAUUGUGUGAUGGCAUGGAUUACUCGUUGGCAACAUUUCGCGAGGAAAUAGUAGAAUUGGAAAACAUUGUACUCAAAGAUGCUUACACUCCACUGACCUUGAUACUUUGUAGGAUUGAGAAAUAUCUGUCACUAUUUUCUGUCCUAAAUUCCAUUAUUCGAGAAAUUGAAUGUUUCCAUUUGCACGGCUGUAUGCUUCUCGAAUGUCUUCAUCGGUACAAACAUUCUGGUAUACCGGAGAUCAAAACUGCCAUUGAAAAGAUAAAUCAUUGCGUUCAGGCUGUAUUUUACAAGCAUUUGACAAGUUGGCUGUUGUAUGGCCACCUGGAGGAUGUCUACAAAGAAUUUUUCAUUCAAGAAACAAGAAUCAAUGAUUCUGACAACACGAGUGGAGAUAAUUCUGGCGUUUAUACAAAAGCAGCUAGUAAAAUAAAGAGCAAAAAUGACAUGUGGGAUUUUCGUGUGCAAAUUGAUGCGGUACCGUCGUACAUCUCACCCUCGUUGGCCUCUAAAAUCUUGACGAUAGGACAGACCGUUAUAAUGUUUGGCAACGAUCCACGAAGCGUGAAAAACGAUGUCGCGGUGAAAAGCAACAUGAAAAAUCCCAUAUGGGGAGAACGGGAGUACGAAUAUUUUCAAAAACUACAAAGUCUUCAAGCGAAAGCGACUUUCGAUACGAUCGAUCUGGAGAGAACAGUCGAUGAGCUUAAGAGCUGCGUUACCGAGCUUCUGUGGCGAGUCGCGGUCGAGGAAGCUCAACUUUUCCAGCAACUCCGGUCGAUCAAGGAUUUUUAUCUUCUUGGAAGGGGCGAUCUCUAUUUGGAGUUUAUAAAGCUGACCAGUCAUAUUCUAAACAAAGCACCGACCAGUCACACCUCGCGCGACGUUAAUCUUGCCUUCCAAAUGGCUAUGAGAAAGACGAAUUUGAACGAGGAGGCCGCUGCAGACUCUUUUCUGUUUUCAGUACCGGUUAAUGAGAAACAGACUACUCAAGACGGUCACGUUGAACAGAGCGGCAGCGAUACCAUCACUUCAGGCUCGAAAAAUUCACAAAACGAACACAAAGACCCGAUUGAACAACGGGGCUGGGGUCUGAUUAUCCUCAAUUACAAGAUCGUUUGGCCACUGCAAUUGCUUUUCAGCCCAGGGGCAUUCAACGACUACAACAUUCUAUUUCGUUUUUUGUUACGAGUAAAAAAGACGCAAAUUGAUCUAUCGCGACUCUGGACUGAUCAGAUGCGAUUAAAAAACGUGGAAAUUGGCGUCACUCAAUUGCGAAAUAAUCUCAUAUUUAUCAUCGAUAACCUACAGUAUUAUUUGCAAGUCGAUGUUCUGGAGAGCCAAUAUACGAUUAUGGAAAACAGCAUUAAAAAUACCCGGAACUUUGAGCACGUUCAAAAGGCUCACUCUAUUUUUUUGGCGAAUGUUAUGUCACAAACUUUUUUGUCCGGAGGCAAAACGGAUCGAAAAAAUUCGGUCAACAAACUGAUCGCUCUGGUGCUUCGGCUGUGCGAUGACUUUAUUCUUCAAGCUUCUAUUUGGGAAAUAACGAGUCUUUUGGCGAGCGAGAAGGAAGAAUUGAAAACUUUGACUGACACUCUCGACGGUUUGAUGGAUUGGUUGAUCAAAACCCUCAAUACUGUCAGGGCUCAACCGAGCGGAGAACAUUUGGCCCAGUUGUUACUGCGUCUUGAUUUCAAUCGAUGGUUUAGCACCAAAGUUUAAUAAAUAUUUUUUUCCCACA